CUCUGUACAUACAAAAUAAAACACACACGAUCUCUCUCUCUCUCUCCGCGACCAUGAAAACAAACCAAGCGAAGCUCAAAACCACCACCCGUAGCCAGCUUUUCACAUGCGGAUUCUUCCGCCACUGCACACAAACCGCCCUCAGCCCCACCAGCAGCUCCACCGCCCCUCCCCUCCCUCCACCCCCUCCCCCUCCGCCGCCGCAGCCCGAAUCAUCCUCCUCUUCCUCCUCCAACACCUCCCAAAGCUUCACCCAGUGGCGCUUCCCUCUCUCCAACUCCCCCAUGCCCCGCCCCAAACCCGACCCGGAACCCGACCCCCUACCCGACCCGGACCCCGACGCCCCUCCGCUCACCGCCGCCGCCCUCGAGGACCUCUUCCGGGCCGCCGAGAUCCGGUUCGGGUCCGGGUCGGAUUCGGGUCGGGUCGGGGCGGUGCACCUGCUGGAGCGGUCGCUGGUGCCGAACCCGCGCUCGGCGGUGGAGGGGUGCUGCUGCCCGGCGGCGGUGGUGGGCGGGGUGGUGGCGUGCCUCCGCGAGGGGGUGGCGCGGAAGGCGGCGAGCAAGGUGCUGCUGGCGCUGUGCCUGGUGGAGGGGAACCGGCGCGCGGCGGUGGCGGCCGGGGCGGUGGCGGCGGUGGUGGAGGCGCUGGCGGACGCGGAGAGCGCCGUGGCGGAGCGCUCGAUGGCUGCGCUGGAGCUGCUGUGCACGACGGCGGAGGGGGCGGAGGAGGUGAGGGCCCACGCACUCGCCGUGCCGAUGAUGGUUCAGCUGAUGGGCGAGAUGGAAGGCGGCCGGGGUAAGGAGCACGCGAUCAGCGUGUUGGCGGUGAUCUACGGCGGAGCGGAGGAGGGAGCGGCGGCGGUGGCGCCGGCGGAGGAGGUGGCGCGUGCGGUGACGCUGGCGCUGCAGGGAGAGUGCAGCGCGAGGGCGAGGAGGAAGGGGGCCCAGCUGCUCAAGAUUCUGCACGACAACGGACAGCUGGAGAUGACUGACGAGGAGAGAUGAACGGCCAUCAUUUGUCUCUUUCGAUUUAUGUUUUCUUACAAUUCCAAUAAUUACUGUGCCCCACGUGAAUUAUUUUUUCCUUUUUUCUCAA